GUUUCGGUGUAUUUAUAUAGGUCUGUGGUUCUAGUGCUCUAACUCGUGCAUUCAGCUGUUUAUUGACUUGUGUGUUUUAUUCGUGAUUAUGGAUUUACCGGCACAUUCACAGAAACAGUGACGGCAGGUUUUCCUAUAGGAUUGUGUUCUUUUAUUGAACUGCGUCAGUUGUGUGUUUGUGAAAACUAAUAUAACAAUAAAAACUAUCUGGCGGAGACCAGCUGUUGGUAGAUGUCGACCUACUGGACCAUGUAGGGGCAACCACCGUUUCAUUCAAACGUCUUUUUGAGACGCCGCAUCAUCCUUCGCACGAGGACUGUCUCCAGCGGAAUUCAGCUCGAUAGCGUGCUGCUUCAUAGCCGCUUCUCUUUCUUAAACGUCUAUUCCGAAACGAGCAGCAGUAGGCAUGUAUUUAAGAGAGUGGAACAUGACCAUUACAAAGGUUUGCUGUAUAGGAGCUGGCUACGUGGGAGGUCCAUCCUGUGCAGUCAUUGCCCAUAAGUGCCCCAACUUGACAGUCACAGUAGUGGACCAAAGUACAGAGAGGAUUGCCCAGUGGAACUCUGACAAGUUGCCUAUAUUUGAGCCCCAGCUGGAUGAAGUAGUGAAAUCCUGUCGAGGCAAGAAUCUCUUCUUCUCCACAGAUGUAGACAAAGGGAUCAGGGAGGCGGAGCUCAUCUUCAUAUGUGUGAACACACCCACAAAAACAUUUGGACUGGGAAAAGGAAGGGCAGCAGACUUGAAGUACAUUGAAUCUGCUGCCAGGAGAAUAGCAGAAGUGGCACAGAACUCUAAGAUUGUGGUGGAGAAGAGUACAGUCCCUGUGAAAGCUGCUGAAAGUAUCGCUAAUAUUUUGUCAGCCAAUGUAAAACCUGGAGUUAAAUAUCAGGUGUUAUCCAACCCGGAGUUUCUAGCAGAAGGCACGGCUAUUGCUGACCUAUUAAAACCAGACCGUGUGCUCAUAGGUGGUGACCAAAGUGUGGAAGGUGUCGAGGCCAUGGAGGGCUUGUCCUGGGUGUACAGACACUGGGUGCCCUCACAGAACAUCAUCACCAUGAACACCUGGUCCUCUGAGUUGUCCAAAUUGGCUGCCAAUGCAUUUCUUGCUCAAAGAAUCUCCAGCAUCAACGCCAUGUCUGCUAUCUGUGAAGCAACAGGAGCCGAUGUCGAGGAGGUGGCUCACGCUGUAGGGACAGACUCAAGGAUUGGGCCAAAGUUUUUAAAAGCUAGUGUUGGUUUUGGGGGAAGCUGCUUUCAGAAAGAUGUGCUCAACAUGGUAUAUUUGUGUGAGUGUUUAAAUUUACCCGAGGUGGCAGCCUACUGGCAACAGGUGAUAGACAUUAAUGAUUACCAGAGAAAACGUUUUACAAAAAGGAUAGUGGACAGUCUGUUCAACACUGUCACAAGUAAACGUAUUGCCAUCCUGGGCUUUGCAUUCAAAAAGGACACUGGUGAUACAAGGGAGUCUGCAGCAAUCUAUGUCUCCAAGUAUCUCCUGGAGGAAGGAGCAAAUAUUCGCAUCUAUGACCCUAAAGUUCCAGAAGAUCAAAUUAUUAGUGACUUAACUUCUGCUGAAAUCACUGACCAACCAGAAAAAGUUCAUGAACUAGUCUCUAUAUGUUCAGACGCCUAUGAAGCUGCUGAAGGAAGUCAUGCUCUAGUUAUAUGUACAGAGUGGGAUGAGUUUCAGACAUUAGACUAUCAAAGAAUCUACAACAAGAUGUUGAAGCCAGCCUUCAUAUUUGAUGGCCGAUUAAUUCUAAAUCACCAGAAACUCCUGGACAUGGGCUUCAAAGUCGAGACGAUAGGAAAACGUCUAAGUAGAGACCAAAGCAAGAUAGUCCGGACAUACGCUAAUGGGACACCUUAAAGUUUGUUGUGAACAUUGAAGAACUUUUAAUUAGUUUUAGUAAUAAGAACAUUAUUAUAGUUCAUUGAUGAAAACUGAGCAGUGGGGCUGUAAUUAAUCUUGUUUUGUUUCUUGUUUAUGCAUUGCAUGGGAAUGAAUUUGAAUUUGAUUGCAAGUAUGCAAUGUAACUGAAGUUAAAUUAUCUCGUUUUGUUACUUUGUAAGUUAGUGAAGUGCCUUUCUCAGCUGAACAUGUUGAUCAGAAUGUAUUGAUUUAAUAUGAGGCCAAGGUCAGUAACUCUUGAUGUUCAUAAUGCUGUUGAUUCUUCUUACAAGUUGUGUCAUCUCCCCUUGUUUGUGUUCAGGAUUUUGAUUUUUCCUACAUUGUUUAUGUUUUACUAUUAUAUUCAACACAGAUUUAUAUUUACAAUUUUUAUGGAUGACUUUUACUUGCUUGUAGUAGAGAGGGCUUUGUGAUGAUAACGUAACAUUUGAAGAGAUCUGUCUUAUAAAACAAAGGUAUUAAAAUAGAAAAGCAGUGGCGUAGCUAGGUUGGGGGGGGGGGGGGGGGGGUUCAAAUUCAAAAGUCCCCUCAGGCCCCCACUUGAGGAGGGCUCCAAAUGAAUGUCAAUGUCCUAAUUUUUUUUUUUUUUUAAAUAUGUUGUUUUUUUUAAUUUUACUAUACCAAUUUGUAAUUUAGACUUAUAUAUUUAUAAAGUACAUUAUCUCAAGUCAUGAUGUCGAAUGUUAAAAUGCAAGGGCCCCUAAAAAGGUCAAGCCCCACUUGAGGGGGGUCUCCCAAAUGAGUGUCCUAAAUUUAUUUUUUUUUAAAUUUAAUUUUUAAAAAUUGUACUUAUAUACUGUACCUAUUGGAAUUUAGACUUGUAUAUUUAUAAAGUACAUUAUCUCAUGUUGUGAAGUCGAAUGUCAAAAUGCAUGGGCCCCUGAAAAAGGUCAAGCCCCCCCCCCCCCCCCAGAUCACUAGCUACACUACUGUAGAAAUGCAUUUUUUGUUAUACUGACGAAGACCUUCACCAUGUAAAAGAAUAUCUCUUCUUUAUUGAAUCCCAUUAGAAAUUUAUUAUGAGGAUUUUUUAAAAAAUCUGAAUUACUUUUUACAUACAGCUGUGCCAGUGCACAUAAUGAAUGUUAGAGAUGUUGCAAAGAGGACAUUCUUAUAGUGAGUCAUGUUUAGUAUAGUCAAAUCAGUCAAUUCGCCUUGGCAGGCAAAAUAUUGUAUAUAAUAACACUUGUAGGUGCAUUGUUUUAGGUUAUUAUGGUCAUUAUAUUUCGCAUGAACCACAAGAUAUGUCAAUAGUUUCUACAUUUUUAUGAGACUGUUUUUUUUUUCUUUUGUUCCAUUUCGAGAAAGAUUUAUGUUAAUGUUGUAAAGGUUUUUAUGUCAAUUUAUACAUGCUACUGGAAUGUUUUUAUAUAUAAAUUGUUUUAAGACUGUUUGCUGAUUCUUGACGCUCCCACACUGCAAAUGUAUGUUGAUAUUGUAAAUAUGCCAUGCAUAUAUGUUUUGAUUUAUAUACACAUUAUUUUUAUAUGUUUGAAAUGCGGGGCAUUUAAAACAUAAAGCAUUCUCAUAUAAUCAUCCUAUAAUGAAUGAAAAUUAGAUAGGUGAUUUAAUCACAGAAUACCAUGUGAAGUAACUUUCUUUAAAAGUAGGCUAAAAUUAUUAUUUUAAAGUGGUAAAUGCGGGGCAUUUAAAACAUAAAGCAUUCUCAUAUAAUCAUCCUAUAAUGAAUGAAAAUUAGAUAGGUGAUUUAAUUACAGAAUACCAUGUGAAGUAACUUUCUUUAAAAGUAGGCUAAAAUUAUUAUUUUAAAGUGGUAAAUGCGGGGCAUUUAAAACAUAAAGCAUUCUCAUAUAAUCAUCCUAUAAUGAAUGAAAAUUAGAUAGGUAAUUUAAUCACAAAAUACCAUGUGAAGUAACUUUCUUUAAAAGUAGGCUAAAAUUAUUAUUUUAAAGUGGUACUUAUCAGAGAGUAAGGCAGAUAAUAUGCCAGCUUAUCAUGAGGAAGGAUUUUUUUUUUAGCUCUGGGUCUAUUUAAUUUUGUUAGUCUUUAUACAUUGUGCUGGGUGUACUACAUCUUUAUGUUAUGACCACUGGUUAAAAAUAGUUGAAACAUCUUCUGACACCUUAAAUCCCACCAGCAAAUCUCUUAAUUUUUUUGUUAUUUUACUUACAAUGAAUUUAUAUUAUUUUUAUGCAUGUGAUGAAUGACAUAAAAAUAUUUUUAUUGACAAUAAAAUUUCUUGUGAAUAUUUUUACAACUUAAAAAUAUCAAUAUAAAAAUAUAAAAAAUACACUACAUUUUUGUCCAAACAUAAUUUUAUUGGCUGUAUGGUUGACUUCUUUGACAAUGUUACAUUUUUUUUUGGAAUAUUACUAGAAAAUAUUUUGGUGACUUCACUGUUUCAGCUGUUAUUUUUUUGGAAUUAUUGACACCGCAUAAUAUGUUGCAAUGUACAUGAUUCAAUCAUCUAAAGUUGUGCUUUGUUCGGCUGGUGACGACCACGUUAUGUUUUUUAUUUCAAGACGUCUUUAUUCCGUUCAAAUUCACCCCUCCUACUCCUUCAUCUAGCCGUCUUUUUUUUUUUUUUUUUUGCUGGGCAGUUGGCUUUUUAAAUUCACCCCUCCUUCUAGUUAUUUUCUAACAAUUUUUUUUUAGCUGCUUUAUAUUUACUUAAUACUGGUGGGAAGCGUGGUCGAGAGGCUUGGCUUGGCUACCUAGAAGGGGGCUCGAGGUUCGACACCCGACUCGGGCAGAGUUGUGUUUACUGACCGCCUAAAGGCAGCACGGAAAACCAACUCCUAGAUACCCCCCCCCCCCCCCCACUGGUCCACAAAUGAGAUUGGACCAAAAGCGCUCUGAGCAUGCUAUAAGCAUGAAAGUAGCGCUAUAUAAAAGCUAUAAUAAAUUAAGUCUUACCUCCCUUGUAUUUGUGGCACUAGCAGAUUUCAGCAUUGCAGCAUUUGUAGUGAUUUCUUUUGCUCUGAACUCUUUUUGUGUGUUGACUGUCAGAUGGCUUGAAUUGUUAUGUGGCUCAAAACAUAACCAUGACUUAAAGAAGGCCAAAGCACUGACCUGCAACGCCACAACCUGUGGGCAGUUGAGACCAAUAGCUCACAGGUCUGUAUGAUGUGGCAACAAGCUAUUGGUCUAAACUAACAACAGGUCGUGGCCUUGCAGGUCAGUGUUCAGCCUUCUAUAAGUUUGGUCUUGCUUAGACAACAAGGGGCAAAACAGGAGACCAAAGUCAUAAAUUCACCCUCUAACAUCUGUUCAUCAAUCCUAAGCAAAUAAAUCAUACCAUCCUCCAUAACUUCCUGGAGCCAAAUGAUUUAUAGCUGCGCUUUCCUCAUCUCUGUAUCUAGUCUCUGUGUUAAGCUUUACACCCAUCAACAUACAAUGCUCUACCAGUAUUAUCACUAUAAAUAAUAUUAAAUAUGUACCACCAGAAAAGGUCCAACUAUACACUUACUGACAAAUCUUUCAUUCAGAUGCCGUAAACAUUUUCAUAUGGAACUUAUUUCAAAAUCUGGUCAGCUCAAAAUUCUGGAUCUACUAAUGUAACAAAACAAUACACCUAAACACUGUGCCUUGAGUGGUUUAUCUCCCUUGGUAAAUCCAACUGGCUACUGUUAGUAAUGUUUGCCCAUAGUACUCCAGAAGUCUUCAAAGUUGAGUUUUUAGUUACAAGGAAAGAAUAUAAAACAGUGAUGCAUUGUUUAGUUGUUGUUUUUUGUGUGUUUUGUUUUAAUUUGAUGCAUGAAGCAGAAUGGGGAUUCGGAAAUAAUUAUUACUAGAUGUUGGUUAUUGAUUGCAUUGAUAUGUAUUCUAGUUAAAUGAGAGUGAUUUUUUGUUUUCAUUCUUAUUUAACCACCAUCAUGACAUAAAUGUAUCAUACCAUCCUAACAUUCACAUGAUAGGACAUACCAUCAUAACAUUCACAUGACAUAUUAUCAUACAAUACACAUAACAUGAUAUUACAUACAAUAAUAACUUAUACCCUAACCCUAAAUAAAAUACUCUGAAAGACACAAAGAUAAAGGCACAUUCCUCGUCCCAUAUGCUAGGACAAAUUUGUACAAAUACUCCUUCUUCCCUAGUGCUAUUAGAGCAUGGAAUGGGUUGCCUGAGCUAGCCAGGAAAACCAGUGACUUGGCAGAAUUUAAGUCAUUGGUUAACAUGCAUGACUAAAUGCAUGACGCGUAGGACGUAAUCAUUCUUCUUUUGUUGAAGUAACGUCUGUAUUAUAUAAGAUAAGAUAACUUAAAUAUUUGUCAGAAUGCUACUUCAUUAUUUCAUUUACAACUACAAGUUAUUUCAAGAUAAAUCAAUUUUAGUCUGUUCAGGGAGAGGACAUCACAAUAAUUAGUACAGUUUAAAUUGUUGAUGCACAUUAAAGACUUAGUUCUUUAUUAUGGAAGGGGGUUGUCCACAUGUUAAAGUGCUCGGCUACGAAGCCUAAAUAUCCUGGCUUAAAAUCUCAUAGUUCCUGAUUUAAACCAGAAACCGGCCAGUUUUACCUGAAAUGUAAAACUAAAUUCUGCAUUUGGCAAAUUAACAUUAUUAGCUCUGACCACACAAUCUUGAGUUCCAUUUCAUAAUCCUUUAGGGUUUUAAAGGGAAAAAUUAAUUUACUUUAUUUGCUUUCUUAGUUUUAGUUACUAUUUUGAAUCCUGAAAUACUUGAAAUUUUUCAGUUGAUGGGGUUUAGUGUAUUCUAUAAAACUUAUUUAAAUAAACAGUUGGUUUAUCAGAAAGAUAUUUUCAAUGUCAGUUAAUUCAAAAUUAAUUAAUACGGAAACUGCGCCAGUAUCCUGUUCUGUAAUUAAUUUUUUUUUUAUUGUAAAAUUAUGUGUUUGUUUUCUGGUUUUCUUGACUCUGCAUAAAUAGCUAGUCCAAUAAUUUUCUCCUUCUCCCUAUCCUUCUUUUGACCCCAACAUUCACUCUUAUCCUCGUAGUGAAAGCUAUAAUUUAAUUGUGUGUGUGUGUGGGAUGGAAGUGGGUCAUACUCAUAGCAACAUUGUUAAAACAAUAGAAUAUUGACAGUAUUCCCUCAUGUUGAUGGGAGCAGUGCACCUACAAAUUGAGCACCACAAAAAGGUGUUAGGAAGUUCAGUUUUCUUAGCACAAAAUGUUUUCUAACAGUGCGAAUGUUUGUAUUGAACGCGCAUGAAUCUACCCUGCUAUGAUAAGCUGCGCAUGCUUAAAUGUAAGUUCGUGAGUUGGUGAAAGAACCAGGGCCGGAUUUAAGGGAGGGCAGGCUGGGCUACUGCCCAGGGGCUCCACAAAAGAAAAAAUGUAUGUAUACUUUUUUUUUUAACAACAAUACUUUUAAUCUUACAAUUGGCUAAAAGUACCAGCUAUAGUGUUCUCGUAGUGUUUUCUUUUUCUUGUAAUGUACUUCCGAUAAACCAAAUACAUUGCAUUGUUAAAAAUAAAAAUGGAUAUCAAGUUUUUUUUUAUAUAUAUUAUAAUUUUUGUAUAUUAAUAAGAAGAUUUUAUUAAAGCGUUCGAAAAAGUGUCGUGGCCUCCUCAAAAAUUCUGCCCCGGGGCUUCCACAUACCCAAAUCCGGCCCUGGGAAGAACUCUCACAAGUAAUUUUCUAGCUGUUGUUCUGUAUCUAUCUAAUAUUUGUACAUGCUGCUGAUCAGUCUGUUGUAUGUGUACACAAUGCUAUUACUCGCUGACGACAUUUGUUUUUAAGAAUUCUGUUCCUAUACCGUGGGAUUUGAUCAAAUCAAUCUAUCUACACAAUUAAGUAGCAACAAUAAAAGUUUGUGUGAAUCACAA